GUCAACAGUGGCGGUGGCGGUUUUCAAUCAAAAUCGCUAGAAAGAAAAAAAGACUUAUUUUAUCAAUAAUUUAAAACAAACAUUCGACGAAAAUGAGUAAGCAGUAUGACAUUUUUGAUAAUCUUAAUCGAUACCUUGAUAACACCGAAGACUGCGACAUUCCUGAUGAUGUAGGCGAUACCGACAUUGAAGGAAGUUUCAUAGAACCCCAACCAGAACCGGCGGCGGUUAAAAAUAAGCGGGUUACCAAACGAACAGCUUUGCUGGAAAGCAUAAAACCAAGUUCGCCACCGAAGAAAACUUCUUCAAACAAACGUAAAGCGAUAGCAGAUUCCGCUAGUGAUGACACAAGCUUACUUCCUUUGAAAUCCUCUGAUAAAUCUCCUGAGUCUAUUCCUUAUGUUCCCCAAGAGCCAAUGUCAAUGCUUUCUUCGACAUCCUUGGAUGAAUCUCCAGAAUCGGUUGCUUCCGCUCCUGUUCGUCAGGUAGAGGCGCACACAAUCAACCUAGACAACGAUUUAGACCAACAAAUGGUUGAAGUUCAACGUCAAUAUGACUUGAUCUUUAACAAAAGCAACUGUUACAAUGCAUCAGAAAAACGUUACUUUGCGGACUUGAAGAAAAAAUAUCAGAACAUAAUGAGGCAAUGUAAGGGCCCAAGACGGAGAUCACAACGAAAUCAAGGAUCUGGGUUCCUAGACGAUCUGCUCACGUUUAAAGCGUUGUUAUACGAUAUAUGCGUUAAUAGGAAUUUAAUGGCUCCGAAGCCGAGUAGCUCUGCCGCGGUGGUGAACGAACCAGCUCGCAGAAGACGACAGGCGCCGCCAGAAGUAAUCAAUCUAGUGGAUAGUCCGGCCUUGAUCCUUCCUGGUGUUAUAAACUUGGAUUCAGAUGAGGAGAUAGCUUCGGAAUCAAUCGCUAAUCAUUCGUUUGAUUCGGACAACUAUGAAGUAUCUAUCAAAAUCAAAUGGCAGGGAAGCAUCAAACGUCAUACUCUUCGAAAAUAUCAAAAAUUUGCUGACUUAAUAGCUCAGCUUGCGAAGGAGUUCAACGCUGAUUCGAGCUGUGUUAUAUUGGAUGUAAACGAAAGAAUAAUCGAUCCAAAUGACACGCCCGACUCUAUUGGGUACAAAAUUACACAGUUUAUAACGGGACGUAUUGUGGAGAAAACCGUUGCAAGUAUGUUUGCGGGAAAGCAAUCCAAAUCAACCAGGGUAAACGCUAAUAGCUCUGCCAGUGCGAACACAAUCAGUUUAAAGGUUCAAUCCGAUCGUUGGAAAAUUCCACUGCAAAUAACGGUGGGUGUGGAGCAGAAGAUGAAAAUUGUAAUUAUUAAGUGUGCCGAAGAGCUGAAGUGCAGUACAGGUGACUUCAAAUUAAAUUUCGACGGGGAACCGGUGGAAAUCGAUGCAACACCAACGGAUCUGGGCCUGGAGGAUGGGGAAAUAUUGGAUUUGAGAUUUGUUAAAACAUGAUUGCUUGGUUUAGUUCUUUAUUGUGCUUUAUAAACUAGUACCUAUGUGUCUGCCGAACCUUAUUAAGCUAUGUUAGGUAUUUACAUUACGGGAAGUUUAAAUAAAAUGAUUAUGAUUUUAAGAGUCGUGGAACGAUUCGGGU